GUGCGGCCUUCCGGAAGAGCUUCCGGAGAUCAGCUUGGCGAAGGAUUGGCGCCAGCUGGCUCUUUGCAUUCCCCGCAUGCGCAAAGCCCUUGAGGCACCUCGCGGGCCGGUGUCUUCGAAGGCCAUGGAGGGGCGCCUGCCCUUCCAGGAGCUGUUUUUCCGUGAUUUUCAAAGUGACUCCAUGGGUCGCAAGGGAGCCAAGGAGUCUGGAGCGGAUGGUGACGCCUUCGGCAUAGUUGCUGUCCUCCACUCGCAUUUGGAUGGCGUGAGCAGCGCCCGGCUGACCCCGCGUGCACUGCUCACGGCCGGAGAGGAUGCGUCCAUCCGGGCCUGGGACGUCCAAGGCAUCUCCAGGUUGGAGGCCUUUCCGGAGCCCUAUGAAGACCUCGAGCCCUUUGCGAGCUACCGUGCCCACUCCGGCCCGGUGCUGGCUCUUGCGGUUCCGGACUCCGAGGACGGAGAGCUCUUCUACAGCGGAGGCAUGGAUGGGGACAUCUUCUCCUGGCAGAUGCUCUCGCCCGGAGGAGUGGAGGACUGCAGGCAGGCCGGUCAGCACCAACGGCUCCGAGGGCAUCGCGAUACUGUCUGGUGCCUCGACUUACAGCAGAGACUUGGUUUGCUGGCCAGUGCCGGUGGUGACAGGCUGGUGCUGCUUUGGAAGGUCAAUCCGGGCCAGCAACAAGGCGGCUUGGUCUCCGAGCCAGAGGCUUUGGAGCUGCCUUUGGUCAACGGCUUGGAGCACAGCUUUGGUCCGCCGACAGGCUUGGCCUGGGGUCCGCGGGACAAGGCGGUGCUGCUCUGCGCAAGCAGAUGGGCAAACAGCUGCUGCGCCGUGGAUGUCGAGCGCGGAGCUCCGAUUUACGGCGGCGCUGCCGUAACAGACGACGAUCCUGUGCUGUGUCUCGCCAGCCAUGCUCUUCGCGACAUCGCUGUAAGCGGCCACAUGGGCUGCGCGCGUGUCUUCUGCCCUCUCACUGGGAGGUCCCUCUGGAGCCUUCAGAGAAUCAACCGCUCGGCCCAGGUGUCUUCCGUGGCCAUGGAUCCUUUUGGUGCCGGUCACGAGGUCUGCACCGGCGGCGAAGACGGCCGCCUGGAGAUCUUCGACCUAAGAACCUGCCGCUGCCUGCAAGAGGUGCAGCUCCCCCCCCGGGAGGACACGACCAUCCACUCGGUGCAGCUUCAAGCAGACAUUGUCGCAACCGCCUGUGCGGACGGUACAGUGACCCUGCUGGCUCGGAAACAGCCGCGGACGCCUGGCUGA